AUCAUUAAUCGAGGUUUUUUUGGGGGGGGGGGCAGCAGCCUUGCUCCGUCCCUCCUACCACGCAGAACAAACGCUAUAUUCAUCUGCUCCAGCUUGCAGUUACUGAAACUGCCCCGCAGGAACUCCUGGGUACUUUUCCCCACCGCUCCAGCUGCUGAACACAAUGCCAUUCAUGCCACGGGGCGAAAACAGGCGAAGCGCCCGCUCCGUUAACCCAACAAUGUGGAGAACAUGCAGUAUUUUUGGCGCAUGGAGUCUACUGUUCUUGACAGAGGUCUGUGCGCAGUCUCAGCAGAGACCAACCUUCACAUGCGGCGGAAACAUAACAGGGGAUUCUGGAGUAAUCGGGAGCCAGGGUUACCCAGGAGUUUACCCUCCUAAUACCAAAUGUGUAUGGAGGAUCACAGUCCCCGAGGGAAAGGUGGUGGUCCUGUCAUUCCGCUUUAUUGACUUGGAGAGCGACAACCUGUGCCGCUAUGACUAUGUGGAUGUUUACAGUGGCCAUGUCAAUGGGCAGAGACUUGGUCGCUUUUGUGGGACGUUCAAGCCGGGAGCCCUGGUUUCCACGGGCAACAAGAUGCUCAUGCAAAUGGUAUCUGAUGCCAACACCGCUGGGAGUGGCUUUCUGGCUGUUUUCUCUGCUGCCCACCCACACGAGAGAGGGGACCAGUACUGUGGAGGCAGAUUGGACAAACCCUCAGGGUCUUUCAAAACACCCAACUGGCCUGAGAAGGACUACCCAGCUGGUGUCACCUGCUCCUGGCACAUAGUGGCACCAAAGAACCAGAUUAUUGAAGUCAAGUUUGAGAAGUUUGAUGUUGAAAGAGAUAACUACUGCCGCUACGACCACGUCUCCAUUUUCAACGGGGCAGAAAUCAACGACGCCAAGAGGAUUGGCAAAUACUGUGGAGACAGCCCCCCAGCGCCUGUGUUCUCAGAGGGGAACCAGCUCCUAAUCCAGUUCCUGUCAGAUCUCAGUCUGACCGCAGAUGGCUUCAUUGGACACUACAAGUUCCGACCAAAGAAAUUCCCCACCACCACGAUACCACCCACCACUACAACACAGCCAGUCACCACCAGGCCCAUACCUCUGAAGUACUCUGUAGCCCUGUGCCAGCAGAAAUGUAAAAGAAGAGGAACACUUGAGAGCAAUUACUGCUCCAGCAAUUUCGUGAUAACCGGGACUGUCAUUACUGCGGUGAUGAGAGGAGGAAGUAUGUAUGCCACUGUUUCUAUCAUCAACGUGUAUAAAGAAGGCAGUCUGGCCAUCCAGCAGGCAGGAAAGACCAUGAGCACCAAGAUCAUUAUCCUGUGCAAGAAGUGUCCAUUUAUCAGAAGAGGUUUGAACUACAUCUUCAUGGGCCACGUGGAUGAGGACGGUCGGGGGAAAAUCGCCCCUCACCACUUUGUUAUGGCGUUUAAGACAAAGAACCAGAAAGGACUCAACGUUCUGAAAAACAAGCGGUGCUGAUCUCCCGUAGCUCUGAGGAUCUCCACUGGACUGGAGGUGUGCCAGAGGCUCAGCUCUGGAUGGAAAUAAUUAAACAAUAACAAAACUGAAUCUGGAUGCAGAAAUGCCAGUGCAAAACAUAAAAUCUACAUGAUUCAUUCAAUUAGGGGGAAACGCAGAUUUUUGUAAAUUAAUUUUGCUGUGGAUUGCAUGAUUUUUGGAGUAAACAAAAAGACAUUAAGUACUUCUACUCUGUCUUCUAUUAAAAGACCAGUCGCUUAAUCUGUUUGGCAACCUCAUAUUAAUCAGCAACAAAAUGAGUUGAAAUUUCCAUCCCUAUUCUCAGCACAUUCUCACUCCGCUAAGUCACAUUCCUGUCAUGCCCCUAGCAGGGAAUUAAACUGUAGCCAGUAACGGGAGCCCAGAAUAUGGAGUAUAUUAAUUCAGAGAGACAUUCAUAAGACAAACAUUCAUCAGAUUGUUUAAAAUUUUCAGUGUGCACAUCUGUUCUGAUGUCUUUUGAUUGCACUGUUAAUGUCAAAUUUUUCCAUAUUCUACUUUUCAGUAGUUUCCCUUUUAGACAGUGGGUGCAAUGUGAAUAAACAGUGGGAUUUAUUAUUUAGUAUGCAUUAAACAAAUAUAUCUGUCUGGCAGAAAAGUCUUAAAUUUCACAAGCCUGAUUAUUAUCCAUAGGGGAUUUGUCACAGCUGAUUGUUGUAGUUUUAAUCAUGUGUUAACAACUUGCAGUUCAUUUUCUGUGUUCAGUUUCAAUGGGCAGGAUUAGGACGUAUUUAAGUCUUAAUAAAAAGUGCAAUAUUUAAUAUAUACACAAUUCUUUUUUUAAAUAGAUUUGUAUGCUGGUUUUAUGUGAAACAAAUGAGGACCUACGUAGCUAAAGCUCUUUUCUUCAGUUUGCCUACAGAUGCAAAGCACAAUCAUCAGCAUACAUCAUUUACCUACAUUGUUUUUAAAGGCAAAUGUAUGAAAUGAAAAAUAUUUUCAUAUGAAAAAGUCUGUGAAUAUUAUUUAUAUUUUAU